GGUGUAGCAGAGUUUUUAGCGAUUUAAGUUAUAAUGGUUACGCAUAACGGAUUUCUGAUUGUCCUACUAUUGGCGGUGGUGGGCAGCUCAUUGGCAUUCGAUUAUUGCAAUGACAAAGAUACAAAAUGUUGUGGUUACAAACAUAUCGCCUGUAAAAAUAAUAAGCAAUUUGGGCCACAAUGUAAAAGAUCUGCCACCAUUAUACCGAUGACUCAAGAUCUUAUUAACAUUAUCCUUCAUGGUCACAACGAGGCACGUAACCUAAUGGCCAAUGGUACCUAUGGCUUCCCAACAGCCAGACGCUUGGGAGUUAUCGCUUGGGAGAACAGUUUAGCCCAGGUGGCUGACUAUAAUGUCAGACAAUGUAACCCCGUCAUGGAUCAAUGCCGCAACACUUUAUAUUUCAAAUUCGUUGGACAAAAUAUAGGCAUAUCCAACUGGAACUCCAGAGAGCAGCAAUACACUGUCGAAGAAGUUAUACGUCAUCAAAUAAGAAAAUGGAUCUCACAACGGCGUUUUGCGACCACCAAAGAUAUGCAAUCUUAUCCUUUCAAGCUACCAGAAAUUACCUUCGGACAUUUUGCCGUUAUGAUGCUUCAAAAGGCAAAUCGAGUAGGAUGUGCCAUACAGCGGGAAACGGAACCUGAUGGUUAUGUACGCCAGGCUAUGACAUGCAACUACUCGCACGAUCUUGUUGUCGGACAACCCGUUUAUGCUAUGGGCCCAACUGCUUCAGCCUGUAACGCUGGUAUCAGCCCCGUCUACCCAAAUCUGUGUACAGUUUUUGAGGCUAUGUAUCCAAAUCAAAUUGGCGUUUUUUGA